UAUACCUGUACAUGUGUGCAUAAUACUGCCAAGGACAUUUGGGUUGACCUUUGUCCUAUUUUUGUCAAUGCACAAGCACUUUGUGCGCAAGCGGCGUGAUGCACUGCUGGAUAUUCAUGUAUAAUCUGGCAGGUUCCACCUCCUUCCUGAAUAUUCAGUUUUGCCCAAUUUUAUCCAAAAUGGUUAAUUAAUGCAUAACAAAUUAAUAUUUUUAAGAAAUGUAAAUUGAAAGUUGUAGCAUUUCUGUCACAGUUUUGACUGCAGUGAAAAUGAAACAUGCUUCUGAUCUGUCUAUUAACAAUUUUUUUCUGACCAAGUUGACCAUCAUGAUCAGGAAUAUUACAGGGAUAUGAAUACCUCAGGAAAGUAAAGCUCUGUAUCGCUUCUCGGCCUUUUGGCUAAGAUCAUGUGUAGUAUCUGUUCUUUUCAGCUUAAUAUCUGAAACGCUGCUCAUCGAGCAGCCAGUAUAUUAAACUGAUUUUUGGAUCUGGGCCAUGGAAUAGGGGCUUGCCUCGUCCUGGCCACGGGUUGGCCCGGUAUUGCACUACAUCCGGGAUUCGGCCCACUCCCCUUCAUGGGGAAAUUUUGAAAGCAAAGAUAGAUAUUCAACUGUUUGACAUAGUCCGAAGUGUUUUUCGUGUGCCUGAUUCCUGCUGUUGUAUGUAUCAGUGAAUUGUGUGACGAAAUAUUGAUCCUAAUGGCUACUCUGUCUUUGGUGUAAGUCUGGCAGCAUCCUUAUGUCAACAUCUUCAAGCAUUUGAGUGUCUCAGAAUGGAAGAAAUCCACCAAAGAAGGAGAGGUUGUCGCCGUCAUGGACAAAACUCUCAAGGCCACUGUCUUCCGCAUCACGGGUGCCAUCCCCGCCGGCAACUACAUCCAGCUGCCCCAGACCCCCAGCCAGUCCCUGGGGCUGACCGGCCGCUACCUCUACCUCCUCUUCAAGGCUGUCCCCACCAAGUACUUUGUGGUGCACCUAGACGUAGCCACCGAGGAGGGCCUGGUGGUCCGUAUCUCCUUCUCCAACCUCUUCCGGGAGUUCAAGUCCACCUCCACCUGGUUGCAGUUCCCGUUUGUCUGUCAACCCUGGAAGGGCUCAGUGGAGGGGAUCACUCGGAAGACUGCUAGGCAAGGUGAACUAAGAGAUAUUCAAGGUCCUGCUCCCGCCAGCACCAGAUGGACGGUCCUUCUCCUGGACUUCCAGUACAUCCUGUCCAUGUACCUCAACCGCAAGUACUCCCACCUCAAGUCGGUCCGCCUCUGUGCCAACCUCCUGGUCAAGAACCUCUUCACCAGCGACACCCAAUACGAGGCGGGGCUCAGCCUGCGCCAGGCCAGGGAGGCGGGCAUGAUUGCCAAGGGCGUGGCCCCAUUGCCCAGGGAGAUGGCCUUCCCGGUGCCAAAGGGUAGCCAGUGGCACGAUCUCUAUGAUUAUAUCAGAUUUCCAGCAGCAGCUAGCCGGGUUCCUUUUGACUCAAUCCAGAUGCACAGUCCCACACCAAUGAAAGGAGGCCAGGAGCCAGGCAAGAUGAGCCCAGAGCGGGUGGCUCCCAAAACUAUCCAUGCUGCUAAAGACGUGAACUCCAAGUUUUCGGAUAUCAACAAGUUGACGAAUCCGAAGAGGCAUGGUAAGAAGCGGGCAAAGCUGCCUACCAAGGAGCUACCCCCGGUUGGCUUGGAUCAUGAUGUGUCAGUCCUGCAGGGAGCCUUGGGGGAGGUCCAUGUCUUUGCCCAUGAUGACGAUGAUGUCACUGUCCAUCGUCAUGACAGCCGGUCAGGAAUGACAAUGUCAACUAAAGUCGGUACUGGAAGGACCUCUGCAGCAUUGCCUUCCAGCCAGGAACCAAAAUAUAAGAGUUUGCAGCCGGAUCCCAUCCUGUCCCUGCGUAAGAUUGUCGGCUUUGGAGGAUGCACAACAAAGGAGGCCUUAUGGACAGCCAACGGCACCCAUAUUGUCUACCCCUGCCACGCAGUCAUCGUCUCCAUGGACGUCAAGUCUGGCCACCAGCGCUUCUUCAUCGGACACACCGACAAGGUGUCCAGCCUGACCUUUGACCGGAGCACGACCCUGCUGGCCUCGGCCCAGACCGGCCAGCAGUCGGUGGUCCGAGUCUGGAGGUACCAGAAGGGGGAGUGUCUGGCCAUGUUCAGGACACACGUGCAGUCUGUCUACUGUCUGAGUUUCUCCCAGAAAGGAUCCGUGCUCUGUGGUGUGGGAAAAGACGGCCAUGGAAAGAAUAUGGUGGUUGCUUGGGACACUUCGAGGGUCGGCAAGGGAGGUGACAUCUCCAUUCUAGCCAAGGCGCACACUGACGUCGACAUUGUUCAAAUGAAAGUGGCACCGUUUGAUGAAACAAAAAUGGUGUCAUGUGGGGGAGACAACGUCCGUGUCUGGCGAGUGAGAAAUAACUCCUUGCGAUCAGCUCCUGUCAACCUAGGUGACUUCCACGUGGCUGAGUUCACUGAUAUCUGCUUUGAAGCCAGCCAGCCGGGCUUGGAACCUGCUGACAAGUUUGUAUAUGCCUGUACACGUUCUGGCCACAUCUUUGAGAUUGACUAUAACCGUGUGUCUGUGGUACACAUCCGACGAUUGCUGCCGACAGGAAAGGAAGUCAGAGAGAAGCAGACAGUGCAAUCAGGCGCUGGUAUUGCCAUCAAUGCCAUGUGCGUCAAUGAAUCCUUCUGCGUGACUGGCUCAGAUGACGGAUUCCUUCGCCUUUGGCCGCUGGAUUUCAAGAAUGUCUUUUUAGAAGCCGAGCAUGAGGGCCCCGUGACGGCCGUGGGUAUCACGGCAGACGGCCUGCGCAUCCUGGCCGGCACGGCGACAGGCAACCUGGGCAUGCUGGACAUCGCCACCAGGAACUACACCACACUGAUGCGGUCCCACACCGGCACCGUCCUCUCAGCAACCCUUGACCCAGCCAGGCGACAGCUGGCCACGGUGUCCGCCGACCACACCAUCCGGAUAUGGAAUAUGGAUACCUUGCAGCAGACCUACGACUUCAGCUCCCCCCAGGAAUGCCCCUGUGUGGUCACCUUUCACCCCUCCCUCCAGUGCUUUGCUUGUGGCUUUGACAACGGCUGUGUCCGUGUCUUCAGCAUCGCCAACACCAGCCUGGUGGCCGAGAUGCGACAGCACCGGGGCAAGAUCACAGGCCUGGUCUACACACCCAACAGCCACUACCUCCUGAGUGCUGCUUCCCUGGGCUCCCUGGCCCUCUAUGAUGCCUCUCAGGAGGCCUACCCGUUGAUGCGGUUGCUAGGUAACAUGGUCGCCCGGGGGGAGAGGUACGGGCCUAGUGCUCUGGCCGUGAAUGAGGACGGGAAGCAUGUUGCAUUUGUUGGGCCAUCCGAAUUCACGGUGAUGGUUGUGGAUGCGCGGUCCUUGGAUGAGGUGAUGCGUAUUGAUAUCACAUCCAUUGUAUCGGCAGACACUGAGUCUCCCAUGAUAGACACCGCAGCAAUGGUCCGCUAUGCUCCACACAGAGCCAAGCAGCUCCUGGUGGCCACCACCAACUCCCACCUGCUCAGGCUGGAUUCACGGACAGGAAGGCUCAUCAACAAGGUGUCCAAUUUGCACCGGUCGGGUGUGACCGGCAUGGAGGUGUGCUCGGACUGUCGCCACCUAGCCACAGCAGGAGACAAAGUCAUCAAGAUAUGGGACUACCACAUGAGGAUGGACAUCAACUUCCAGGUGUUCAUUGGCCACUCGGAGAAGAUUCAGCAAGUGGCAUUCACCCCUGAUGGCCUGGGACUGCUCAGCAUAGGGGAGGCUGUCUUCUUGUGGGACUUCUAUGGCACCAGUCGGGAUCACCCAGCACUAGGAACUACUUUAGAGACUGAACAUUUUUUGAGCCAAUCAGGAUCAAGACCGCAGCCACCGCGCAAAAGCCCCGUCCGCCGAAGUCUGGAUAUGACCGGCAGUUUACGUCCCCGGGACAAAGCCCCCAUGCCGAGCUCUCCGACUAGACUUCUAGAGGCCAGUGACGCAUCCACAGAGGACAAGGAGGAAGAGGAGGGCAUCUCAUUGCUAGGCGGGGUUGAGCGAGCAAACAAGGAUGCGGAGACGGAGGUGGUCCUCAUUGGGCCGGAGUCUGCGAGUCGGUCCAGUAUGGAGGAGUCGAGCGUCACAGAAACAGAUGAAGCUCCACCGGUGGAAACCCUAGGGACAAGCCCACGCAUCCAGAGACACCGCAGAGCAGAGCCAGGGAUGGACCCCACAGCCCCACCCCUGCCAGUCCUUAAGCCGGCCACUGACAAAGCCAAGCAGACGAGGCCCAGUUGCUACAGCCACUUUGUGGCAAGGGAGAACCGCACACAGAUGGCGCAACGGCGGUAUAUAGCCCCUCCCAAGCAGGCUGGUAUGAAACUGAAGUCGGUCCUUGGGUACAACGGCAAUGGCAGAGGGAACCUGGUCUGGCACCCCGACACCGGGCUGUUUGCCUACACUAGUGGCUGUAUAAUUGUCAUUGAGGACCUGCAUACCGGGACCCAGAAGCAUCUCAUGGGUCACGUGGAGGAGAUCUCCACGCUGACACUGCAGCACGACUGCCAGGUGCUAGCCUCCGCUUCAGGCGCUAAUGGGCUCGCCGCCAGCCAGAUCUGCCUGUGGGACGUCCAGGGGGCGCUCUGCAAGAAGGUGCUGUCCUACCACGAGCAUGACGUCAUCUGCCUGGCCUACUCCAGGGAUGAUAGAUUCUUAGUCUCAGUUGGUGAUUACCGGGAUUGUACCCUGGUGGUGUGGAGCACCCACGACUACAGCCUCCUGGCAGCCUCCAAGACGGCCAGACCCAUCCACGCCCUGGCCUGGGACCCUUACACUACCAAUGAGUUCUGCUCGGUCGGUGAGACGGGCACGUUGCUGUUCUGGCUUCUGGACGAGACCCAGGGCAGGUUCAGCCUGAACGUCCAUGAGGCGGACGUGCCUCAGGACCUACUGGACUCAAAGCACAUGAUCCUGGGCGAUGUAGCCUUCACCAGUCUGCAGUACGGGGGAGACAGCGUGCUAUAUGUAGGUACCAACACUGGAAUACUUUCAGCUUGGGAUACCAGGCACAACUCAUGCUUCAUGCACUGGGAUGCUGACUCAGCAGAAAUAGGGUUGAUAGUGAGUCGGUUUGGCAGCAGUCGUCUGAUCACUGGUGGGGCCUCACGGAUGCUUCGGCUGUGGUCUGUGUACGGUGUCGGGGAACUCCGACUGGCUGCUGGGGUGUCCAACGGUCAUGUCGGCCAGGGUCUUGUCAUGGAGGAUGAGAUGUCAUUAGACGGCACUGUAACGGCGGCAGAGUUCGACGACACCAUGGACAUCGGUGUGGUAGGCACCACGUCUGGUACCCUGUGGUACAUCAACUGGGUGGAGCGGAGUUGCAUCAGGAUAGUCAGUUCCCACAUCGGCAAGGUGAAUUCCAUUGUUUUUAGUGCCUCUGAUUACUUCGCCUCAUGUGACGAUGACGGCAGCCUUCGUCUCUACACAUUGACAGACUUGGAACAGACUCUACAAUUCCAAGUCCUGGAUCAGAGCUGCCAUUGCAUGGCCUUCAGCCCUAAUCCGGUGCCGACCAGUUCCAGCCAGGUUGUUCCAGCUGAGAAGGAAGGCCAGGCGCUGCAGCGAGUGGUAGCUGGCUACAGUGACGGGACGGUGCGUAUCUUUGACCUGGAUCUGGUGGAGAUGGUUCUUAAGAUGCAGCCGCACGGCGUGGCAGUCACCGUCAUCAGCUUCUCUUCUGAUGGUCACGUUGUCCUGUCUGGUGGCACAGAUGGUAUCAUAGCGGUCAGUUCUCCAACCACAGGAAUGACCAUGAGAGUCAUUAAUGACCACAGGGGAGCACCGAUAACUGACAUGCAUGUUACUAGCAACCAGGACGUAGAGCUUGGACUUGGCCUGAGGUCCCCCCACCUGUGGCUGGCCGCCAGUGCUGACCGACGGGUCAGUGUGUGGUCAUCGGAUUGGCCCAAGGACCUGUGUGAGAUGGUGGACUGGCUGAGCUUUCCGGCUCCGGCGUUUGCCCCAGACGGAACGGUCAUUAGAAAGGGGGAUAUCGCUCAGUAUCAGCUUCUACCCCCUAGCCUGGCCCGUUUCUCCCCUACCGAUCAUGAUAUCAUCAUCUACACUGGCUAUGGUAUGCAGAAACAGGUCCAGUUCUACAGCAUUGCUCAGAAAAAGGUUGUGCGUACCACAGCACUCACCCACUGGGCAAGCACGCUGGAUGUGAGUCCAGGAGGCCAUCUAAUAGCAGUAGGCACAGCUGAGCGCUUGAUCAAAUUGGUCGACUACCACGAAAGCAGUUUCCAAGAUUUUGUGGCCCACAAUGAUGCUGUUCAGCUAGUUCGCUUCACUCCCUCUGGCAAGCUUGCCUUCACUGUGGCACACAAUCAGAUCUUGGUGUGGGAGGUGACCAUAUAGCAGGGACAGCCUGGGUGUAAUGUCAUCAAUGUCAUCAAUACAGAAAUUUUAGGAUCUGCUGUGCUUUUGUGUAUUUUUAUGCCAGACAUGUUCCCACUGGUUAUCUGAAAGUUUGUACAUUCAAAAAACUUUUCAAUAGCACUUGAUUACUCACAUGAAAAUGCUGCAAGUGUGGGAAAGUUGGGCAAAGUAAGAGUUAGUCAUUUUUUUUUUCUAAGUCGACAAACUUUCUUGAAAUUAAAAAAAAUUGAUGUUAUUGAAAUGUAAUAGUAUUUUUUAUUGAAAGGUGUGCAGAAAAAGUUCUGGCUUCAAUGCCUUUAAAUACUGAGGUGAAUGCAGUUCUUUCAAAUAGUACUUCCGUUUGCUGUGCCUUUGAGGUUUGAGUGUAUAUUGAUAUAAACUAUUUGUAAAUA